UGGAAUUAGCGUAUCGAUUGGGCUGAUAACAGAGACCUAUAAAAAGGCAGGGGGAUUGGCUUGGCAUUUACUACAUCCCUGAAGCAUUUCGCUCAAAAAGCACCCAGCCACUGCCUAUUUGAGUGGCACUUGCGCCUCCGUGUGCGCGUGGCGGUGUGUGUGUGUUUGCCUGGAGUCAUCUUGCCAUUUAAAUAACCUGGGAAACAUGUGGAGGAGCCUGUGCAAAUCUCACACGUCUCUGGCUCUGCUGGGACUCUGCUUUGCGGUGGUCGUGAGAUCUCUGCCUUUCUCGGAUGCAGGGCCACAUGUGAACUAUGGCUGGGGGGAGCCUAUUCGAUUAAGGCACCUAUACACCGCCAGCAGACACGGGCUGUUCAAUUACUUCCUGAGGAUCAGCAGUGAUGGCAAAGUGGAUGGCACCAGCAUUCAGAGUCCUCACAGUCUGCUGGAAAUCAGGGCUGUGGCAGUUCGCACGGUGGCGAUCAAGGGCGUCCACAGUUCCCGGUACCUCUGCAUGGAAGAAGACGGGAAGCUGCAUGGACUUCUCAGGUAUUCUACAGAAGAUUGCUCCUUUGAAGAGGAGAUACGCCCAGAUGGCUACAAUGUAUAUAAAUCAAAGAAAUAUGGAAUCUCUGUGUCCUUAAGUAGUGCCAAACAAAGACAACAAUUCAAAGGAAAAGACUUUCUUCCAUUGUCUCACUUCUUGCCUAUGAUCAAUACAGUACCUGUGGAGUCAAUGGAUUUUGGAGAAUAUGGUGAUUAUAGUCAUACUUUUGAAUCAGAUCUAUUCUCUUCACCUCUCGAAACUGACAGCAUGGAUCCCUUUGGAAUCACCUCUAAAAUAUCUCCAGUGAAGAGCCCCAGCUUUCAGAAAUAACUAAUGCUCCUGUCUUUAAAUAUGAUUUUGAAGAAAUAUUGCCAGGACCAAGAUAUUAUUUGGCUUUUACAGUAGUAAUAUGUAGAAUAUGUAAAUAUUUAAGGUACGGUGCUAGUAUUAUUCUUGCAAUAUACUAAACUUGUAAGAUAUUAACACCUUUCUAAGGCUACACUCUAAAAAGCACCUAUUUAUGUUUUCAUAUCACAUUUAGAAAAAAUAAUCUAAACAACAACUGCUUAACUGGUUCACCUCUGAUAAAAAUACACAACGUGCAGAAAUUCCUUCUGUUUGGUGAUGGCUGGGGUGAUAAGAUCACUAACAUUUUUCUUCACCACUUUUUUUCUAC